AUGACAGGAGACCCGACCCCAAGCUCGGAUCCGCUCGGCUACCUCGCCCUGCGCAAGUUCUCACAACGCCUACCCAGAUGUCCUCGCACUCGACUCCCGGUCUCUUAUGCGGAUAUCGGUGAUCCGGAUGGAAUACCCGUACUAUGGAUGCUCCCCAGUGGAUGCUCUAGAUGGAUCGGUGCUCCUCAAGAUCCGCUAGCUAAGCGGUAUGGCAUCCGACUCAUCCUCGUUGAUCGACCGGGAGUGGGUGCAACUCCGAGCGUGGAUCUGGCCGACAGGAUUGAUAUUAGCUGUAAAAUGAUCGUGUCGGUGCUGGAACACCUGAAUGUUCGACCAGCCCAUAUGAUCGUCACCUCCGCCGGAAUCUACUACGCUCUACACCUCCUACUCAAUUACCCUGAGACCUUCCACUCUGGUCUCACCCCUCCGCCAUCCCUCUAUCUCGUCGCCCCCUGGUCCCCGCUCCUGCCGGCAGAUCAUCCCGACUACUACCCCUCAUACUUCACCUGGAUUCCCUCCCCCGUCAUUGCGACUCAGCAUAUCACUCUGCCCCAAUUGAUGAAGCUCGCCAAGACGGGGACGUCGCUCUGGAAUACCGGUCUCAAGACUCUUUGGUCCACCUUGGAUUCCGCCCGCUCUAUGAUCGGCGGGACUACACAGACGUCAGCGGGCGGAAGCGCGCAUGGCGCUUCUCCCGAUCAUGUACACGAUAGCGGACUGGACCUAGGCGGCGAGAGCGGAGCGGUCCCUUCGGCAGCGGUUCCGAUGAGCGUCGACGGCGUAGAGUACAAACAAGGGGAACCAAGCAGCGAAGUCGCGGAAAGCAGCGAGGGAAGCGGGAUGUGGGGCAGAUUCCCAUGCUGUAUAAGCUGUACUACGACCGACUACUUUCAAGCCGAAAACUUCUCUGGCGUAGGGCAAGAACACCUCAUCUGCCUGAAUCGUGGACCGGUCGAUACAGGCCACAUUUGGCUCGAACAGACCAUCACCACCCUCGCUACCAAGCUCCAGACUGCCGGUAUGGACCGCCCGGGUACGGAAAAGGGGCUGCCCCUCAUCGAUGUGGAUGUAUGGUGGGGAUGGGAAGAUAAUAUGGUGCCGAGGAAAGGGCAGUUGUGGUUUAAUAAAACGCUGGGGAGGUAUCCGAGGGAAAUGAGAUUGAAGGUGCAUGAUGUGCCGGAUGGGGAUCAUACAGAUCUGCUGAGCAGAACGGACGGAAUAUAUGAGGUGUACGACUUGAUCCGCGAAAGGGGAUAG